AUGUCCGCCCUCCCCAGCCACGUCACUCCGGCCAAUCAGAGGCCCCCACCUCAGUCGCGCCGUCGCUCCCGUCCAACCAGCGCCUGCCACGUGGCGUCCCGCGCCUCUCCAGCCGCCUCCCGCCGCCACGGGCCCGCGAGGCCCAUCGCCGGCCCUCCCGGCCAGGGUCGCCGCGCCGCCGCCUCCCGCGGGCGCCCGAGCCCCGUCCGCCCGCCGCCUCCAAAGCCGCUCCAGCCCCGCUGCCGUCCGCCGGCGUGCUCCACCGCCGCCCCGCCGGCGCACCUCGUCGCCGUCCUCCGGCGACCGCACCUCGCCGCCUGA